AUGACGAACUAUCCAGAUGUUGCAGCUUGGGACCUCGACUAUACGGUGUGGCCAUGUUAUUGCGAUACCCAUAUAACACCACCACUAAGACCAGAAGUUAAUAGUGACGGACAAGUAUUGGAAAUAGUGGACGCACGCGGCUAUAAGGUAGCUCUAUAUAAAGAAAUUCCUCGUAUAAUGGAAGAUCUUAAGAUGCAUGGUGUUAAACUACUUAGUGCAUCGCGUACUUGGGCACCAGAUAUUGCUAUUGAAAUGUUGAAAGUUUUCAAAAUUAAGGUCAACGGCGAAUUAGUAACACUAUUCUCAUUGUUCGAUGAUUUAAAUUGGGGAGAUCAUUCAAAGGUCAAUCAUAUUAGAAGCGGUGUUAAACAUGUCUAUGGGAAUGACAAUCUAAAAUCUUUGAAAAUUUGCUUAUUCGACGAUGAGUCCAGGAAUAGAGAUGUUGAGAGGUAUGGAGUCAAAUACCUACAUAUCAAGGACCCUGUUCAAGGUCCAGAUUGGAAAAUGUACGAGUCCUACCUAGCGAGUCUUAAGUAA